CAACAUGGACGAGACAGCUGAAGCUAACCAGGAAAGCGGUGCCGCCAAGCUCCAAGAGCGGCUCCAGAAGCGGCACCAGGCGAGAAUAGAGGACGCCGAGCGGAGGAAAGAGGCGAAGGAGAGCCAGUCUGUCGCCGAGGAGAAGGGCGAGUAUUUCUCCAGCACCUUCAGCAGAGAGCGGGCGUCCAUAGAGGAGCUGCUGUCCGGCUGCUCCGGAGCCGACCGGGCUGCGGUGACCCAGAAGCUGGAGGAGGCGACGGCUAAGACUGUGCAGCUGCAGAAGUUUCUCAACGACAGCAUGCUGUUUCUGACCCAGUACGAGCUGAGACAGGCCCAGGCUGCUCUCCAGAAGCUCCAGACCUCCCUCACUGAGACCAGAGAGGAGGCUCUGCCCAAGAAGAAGUUCGCCUUCCGUGCUCGCACUAAAGCGACAGAUAAAGCCUCUGCACCCGACCUACCUGCCCCUGAUGCCGGCCCACCUUCAGAGCCAGGCAGCACCUUGGUGGAUGGAGCCUCUGAGCAGUGUGGCUUCACCAACAGGACAGACGAGCGUCUGACCAAGACGGCCGAGGAGAUCCAGAAACGAGACGUGCUUCUGACUCACCUCACGAACUGUCAGGUCCGUCUGUUGGGCUCGCCCAGCACGCUGCACCUGAAGCACAUCGACGGCUGUGAGAUCCUGUGCGGUCCGGUGUCCAGCUCGGUGUUCGUGGAUCACUGCAGAAACAGCACGCUGGCCUUCCCCUGCCAGCAGCUGCGGACCCACAACACCAGCGACACUCGGGUGUACCUGCACGUCACCAGCCGGGCCAUCAUAGAGGACUGUCGGGGGGUGAGCUUCGCCCCGUUCUCCUGGUCUUACCCCACGCUGGAGGAGGACUUUGCCGUUUCUGGUCUGGACCGGGAAAGAAACAACUGGAGGGAGGUGGACGACUUCAACUGGCUCGCUGCAGGAACGCCUUCACCCAACUGGACUGUCAUUCCUGAAGCAGACAGAAAAACAAGCUGGGACUCCUAGAAUUUAACCUUUAAAGCCCUCGUUUGGCAAAUGUACACGUUUACAGUCAAAGCAUCAACUGAUUUAAGCAUGAAUGCACACAGUUAAUGUCCACGUUAUGUCAUGAAUAUGAAGCUGAAGCUGCACUAAUCCGCCUGACUUCUGCACCAAUCACACGUGGGCUGCAGUAGAGAACAUUCUCCUAAAUGCAAAUGACAAUUUCUUGCUUUCAGUGACACCAAUCUGUUAUUAAUAAAGAACUGUUAUUAAAUGAAUACAAUGCAAUAUCCAAAAAAAAAUUUUCAAAGCUCAUGACCUCAUUGUAACAGAAACACUCCACAGACUUAGAAAAUCAUCCUACAAUAUUCUACAUUCAUAUACAGAGUUCUGGGUUUUAUUUAUUUUAGAUUUUGUGCCUUGUGCUGCUGCUGCUGACCCUGAAUGGCACCCGUCAUGAGAUGCAAAUAAAGAAUGUGGAUGCUUUAACAGUCA